AUGAAAGUUAAGAUUGUUCUUCUCGGUCCAAUGUCCGUUGGAAAAACCGCACUAUGUAAUAGAUUCAAGUAUGAUAAGUUCGAACAGAAUUACCAAGUAACUAUCGGCGCUGGCAUUAUUGACUAUCAGACCAAAGUAAACGGUAAAUCUGUUGAUGUACAAAUAUGGGAUACUGCUGGAAUGGAAAGGCACAGAUCAUUAAGUCCUUUGUAUUACAGAGACGCUGAUGCGGGAAUAUUUGUUUACGAUAUUUCAGAAAAAGGCUCAAUCAAUCAGUUAGAAAGAUUUUAUGAUGAAUUUAUGGCUCAAAACGAUCGUGGUUUUCAUGGAAUAGUUGUUGCCAAUAAGUCUGAUUUAAACAAAAAUGAAGCUGCACUGGAAGAAGGAAACAAAUGGGCUACUAUGCAUGGUUGUGAAUUUACGACGGCAUCAGCUAAAAUCGGCGAAGGAGUUGCAGAAGCAUUCAAUAAAGCAAUAAUGGGAGCAGUCCUGCGUUCAACAAAUACAGCAACAAAAAGCAUUAUACUUAAGAAUGCCGAUGAUGAUGAAAAGAAGGGAUGCUGCUAG